GCAUUUGCUUUCUGCGCAUAUUUUCCGCAUUAGGCAGUCCAGAGUGCUGUCCUGACGAUGACACUUUCUUUGAUUUUGUCCUGUUUCCCCCUUGCUAUCUCUUCUGGUCAGCUUGUCUUCAGCCUCAACAGCAACGGGUUGAUCGUCUCCUCCCGGUAUCAUGAGUUUUUCAGCCACCAGGCCUAAAGAGGCUUCAUCCGACAAGAGGGAUUGGGCAGCCUCUAGUGCUCCAACCUCUGAUGCGGAGUGUUCUAGCUCUGAGGCUGGAGACGGACCGACUGAUCAGCCCCCUCAAGAGCCCAGGGACCCAGAGGAAAUCUUUAGGGCCACUCUUACUAACCUUCUCCAUCAGAUGAUGUUCGUCUCUGGAGAGACUGCCGAGCCAGCCGUAGAUACGACCACUUUGAUUGAGGAAAUCGUUCGCCAGCAGGUCGUUGAGAUUCUUGCGCGCAGCACAGCUCUAGCCACACGUCGCGGAGUCCGCUCCAUUUCCACCGAUGAUUUGAUCUUCCUGAUCCGCCACGACAAAGCCAAGGUCUCGCGUCUGAAGACGUUCCUAUCCUGGAAAGAUGUGCGCAAGAAUGUCAAAGACUCGGACGACAAGGGUGGGGCCGACGCGGCGGACUUUGCCGGAGCGGACGAUCCCAUGGCCGGAGGGGUUGCGGGGCCGCAGGACAUGGCCGCCAAGCCGAAGAACAAGAGAGCGCGCGUCGGUCUCGCGUGGGACGUGAACAGCUUCUACUCGGUGCAGGUUCCGGAGCGCGACGACGAAGAAGACGAAGAAGAGGAGGAGCAAAACUACGCCACGCUGCAGCGGCUGGCAGCGGCGGAUGAGCGCACCAAGCACAUGACCAAGGAGGAGUACGUGUUCUGGUCGGAAUGUCGCCAGGCGUCCUUCACCUACCGUAAGAGCAAACGGUUCCGCGAAUGGGCCGGAUUCGGCAUCGUCACCGAGUCCAAGCCCAACGAUGACAUCGUCGAUAUCCUGGGAUUCCUUACAUUCGAGAUCGUCCAGACGUUGACGGAAGAGGCGCUCAAGGUGAAGGAGCGCGAGGAUCGCGAGAAGAACCGCCGCGGCGGAGCGGACAACGGCGAGAGUGCUAAGAAGCGCAAACGCGAAACUGGUCUGUUUGAUCCUCCCGAGGAGGGCCGCACGCCGGUGGAGCCGCGACAUAUCCGCGAGGCAUACCGCAAGCUGCAGGCGACGCCCAACAAGAACAUCGCAAUGUUGCUGCACAAUGGGCGGUUACCAGCGCGGAUGCCACUGAGACUGAUUUGAUCUGUGUUUCAUACACUUACGACGCAACGAGAGCGAUGUUCCUUAUUGUUUUUAACCCUUGAUUAUACACCCAUGGAGUCGGGAGCUUUAGGUCCGGGGACCGUACACUGUAC